CCACCGGCCGCCGAAAGAUGCUCCCGACGGCAUCGAAGCGAAUGUCCGCGGCACACAAGCACCUGCUCGCGAUGAAGGUGGAGGGGGAGUCCUCGCUGUCCCCGUCCAUGUCGUCCGAGUGGCGGAGCAAGUAUCUCGAGAAGCUCCGUAUCAACCCGCACCUCGCGACUGGUGUCUCCCGCGAUGGUCGCGCCGAAACCGACCCAUCGAGUCGCCUCAGCGCACCGAUCAUGAUUCCAAACAAGACUCGCAGUACGUCGCUUGAAGACCCGACGUAUUACAGUCCACACCAUCGACUGUCGUGGGAACGAUCGCUGAGUCCAUUGCCGCCUAAGCGAACAUCGUACAGGACAGCCUCUCCCGAGUCGGACAUUGACUUAGAUAUUGGGCUGUUCCCAAUGGGGUCACCAGAGUUGACGCACACAGAUUGCAACGAAGACGUUGAUCGCGGCAUGGAACUCGACGACGACCGAGACAUGCACCCGCACAACGCUCCGACUGGUACGAACGGAAGGUGGCGGCGGGGGUUUAUUCCACCACAUCAAAUGAUCCAGCGCGAUUGCUUUUCGCUGGGCGUGCAGCAUCAGUUUCGAAAGCGUCCAACGGGGGCCGCUGUCAUUUAGAUGAGCGCUUUACUUUUUAUUUAACAUCACGAUGCAGUGCCUUCAAGGGGUUCUAUCUGUUGUGCGUCGU